AGCGAGAGAGAGAGAGAGCGAGAGUGGUGGAGAUCAACGCAUUUAUCUGAGACCAUUCUUGUAAGGGUGCUACACAGACUGCAGUAUGAUUCUCCCUGUGGUUGUUCCUCUGGUGCUGCUGCUGGUCUGCGGGCCGGGCUCCACACUGCAGGCGGAGGCCGAGGAGUUGGAGAGCAUAGAUGAGGUUCUGGAGCGGGAGUUCCUCUACGCUGGACGCACCAAGCGUGCUGUGUCAGCUGACGCCUCCUCGCAAGUGGACAAGUGCUCCUACACCUUUAUCGUCCCCCAGCAGAAGCAAACRGGCGCCAUCUGCGUUAACUCCAAGGAGCCCGACAGCCUCCUAGAGAACCGGGUCAACAAACAGGAGCUGGAGCUACUGAACGGCGAGCUUCAGAAGCAGCGGCGACAGAUGGAGUCGCUGCAGCAGCUGGUGGAGGUGGACGGCGGCAUCGUCAACGAGGUCAAGCUCCUGCGCAAGGAGAGCCGCAACAUGAACGCUCGCGUCACGCAACUCUACAUGCAGCUGCUACACGAGAUCAUCCGCAAGCGCGACAACGCCCUGGAGAUGUCGCAGUUGGAGAAUCGCGUGCUCAACCACACCUCUGAGAUGGGUCGGCUGGCUUCGCGCUACCGUGACCUGGAGCACAAGUACCAGCACUUAUCCGCCCUCGCCGGCAACCAGAGCGCCAUCAUCGUGCAGUUGGAGCAGCAUUGCCACCGAGGUGGCCACUCGUACGGGGGAGAGAGAGAAAGGUCUCGUCCUGUUCGCCCUCAGCCCCCCGUGGUGCCACAGCAACCUACGCAGCAGAGGCCGGUAGCGCCACCAGUGGCUAGUAAACCCUACCAUCCGCCCACAUACACCCGCAGCAACCAGAUCACCAAUGAAAUCCAGAGCGACCAGAACUCCAAAGCUUUGCCACCUCCGCUGCCCACCAUGCCCAGUGGCACUCACCAGCCAUCCACAACAAACAAGCCCUCAGGGCCUUUCAAGGACUGCCUUGCUGCUCUAGAGGAGGGUCACGCCACCAGCGGCAUGUACCUGAUCAAGCCUGAGAACGCCAACCGGUUGAUGCAGGUGUGGUGUGACCAGAGGCACGACCCCGGCGGCUGGACAGUCAUCCAGAGGCGCCAGGACGGCUCCGUCAACUUCUUCAGGAACUGGGACACCUACAAGCAAGGGUUUGGUAACAUUGACGGCGAAUACUGGCUGGGUCUUGAAAACAUCUACUGGCUGACCAACCAGGGCAACUACAAGCUUCUGGUGAUGCUGGAGGACUGGUCCGGUCGCAAGACCUUUGCCGAAUACGCCAGCUUCCGUAUUGAGGCAGAGGCAGACUUCUACAAACUAAGAGUGGGUCGCUACCACGGCAACGCCGGGGACUCCCUCACAUGGCACAACGGCAAGCAGUUCACCACGCUGGACAGGGACCACGACGUGUAUACAGGUAACUGUGCCCAUUACCAGAAGGGUGGCUGGUGGUAUAACGCCUGUGCCCACUCCAACCUGAACGGCGUGUGGUACCGGGGCGGGCACUACCGCAGCCGGUACCAGGACGGCGUCUACUGGGCCGAGUUCCGCGGCGGCGCUUACUCCCUGAAGAAAGUGUCCAUGAUGAUCCGGCCCAACCCCAACACCUUCCACUAAGAUCACAGUUUCGAAGAGCGAGAACCAACCGCAGGAAACCUUGUUUUUCUUUUUGUAACGGGCAUUUUCUCCAACUUGACCUCUGUCCUGAGGUGCAACUCAUUUCAGCUURUGUCUUGGCUUUUUUUUUCUUCUUCUGAUUCCUUUAUCGCUUUARAUUCAUAAAUAUAUAGAUAUAGCAUAAAAGUGCAAUGGUUGUCUUGUGUAUGGCUCACAGGGACAGGGUGAUGUUUCCCCCCCCACAGGUUUCAAAGCCCUCUUGCAGGAUUCCUCUAGCGUUCUUUGGAGGCACAGGUCCACAUGGUUUACCUUCUCGGUGAACUACCAGGGUAGUCAAGUUCCCUCUGAGGAGCUUGCAAAACAAUUGCAACUACAAAGAAAGGCCCUGUGCCUUUCGGACACAGACUUUGCACAUAAUGCUGAAUGAAUGCAGAAGUGAUGGUGCAGCUUUUUGUUGUGUUGUUCUACAGUUACUGACAAAUGAAACCAAGAGAGAAGUUUGUAUUACAGUUUUUUUUGGGUCAUUGGUUGUGAAAAAAAAGGGGGAAAUAUUUUUUUGAUGUUUAUUGUGGUUGUUAAAUAUACAUAUAGCACAUCUCCAUAAAAGUUUAUAUUUGACCGUU